CCGCUCUCAUCCCUCUUCCUUUGUCUUCGGAUUGGUCGCUAGGGUUUCCGCGAUCCGCCCCAAGCUUUUCUCUGCUGCUGAUUUGGUUGCUAGGCUUUCGAGAUCUCGCCGCAAAAUUUCCUUGGGUUGCAGCGUUUCGCCAUAGAAGCAGUCUCGUUUUGCUCCUUGGGUCGAGGUGUGAAUGUUUAAUGGAGUCUAAAGGUGGGAAGAAGAAGAAGUCUAGCAGUAGUAAUUCGUUAGACUACGAAGUUCCACUUGGCUACAGCAUUGAAGACAUUCGACCGCACGGGGGAAUCAAGAAGUUCCAGUCUGCUGCUUACUACAACUGCGUGAAGAAGCCAUCCUGAUAGCCUUUCAGAUUUUUCCCUCUUCAGUAGAGCAAGGGUAUAAAUAAUUUGACUUCUACUGUUUUGAGAAAUCCUUUUGGCUAGCUGCUUUCCGAUAACCAUACUCUCCUACCAAGCUUUUUUCUUGUCACCGAUACUCCCUCUCCUUUCCCCUGUCCCAUUUCCUGUAUUCGAUUCGAUGGCAGUCAUAAUGAAUGGUUCUCCAAGUCCUCCCUCAGUGUCACCGAUUGGAUUUGAGGGAUACGAGAAGCGUCUUGAGAUUACAUUCUCAGAGGCACCUACGUUUGUGGACCCCCGUGGUAGGGGAUUGCGCUCCCUUUCACGGGAGCAGAUCGACUCUAUUCUUGAUUUGGCACGGUGCACAGUCGUAUCGCAGCUCUCAAACAGUGAAUUCGAUUCAUAUGUCCUCUCGGAGUCGAGUCUUUUUGUUUACCCAUAUAAGAUAAUUCUCAAGACAUGUGGGACUACAAAACUGCUGCUGUCCAUCCCCAGAAUUCUUGAGCUUGCUAUGGAGCUCUCGCUCGCUGUGUUAUCUGCAAAGUAUUCCCGCGGAACCUUCAAUUUUCCUGGUGCACAACCAUCUCCACAUCGUAGCUUCGCAGAAGAAGUUGCUGUCCUCAAUCAGUUCUUUGGCAGCCUUAACUCGGGUGGCAAUGCCUACGUGAUGGGUGAUCCAACAAAGCCGAAUCGCAAGUGGCACAUAUAUUAUGCAACACAGAAAGCUGAACUGCCAAUGGUUACUUUAGAGAUGUGCAUGACUGGGCUGAAUACUGAGAGAGCAUCAAUCUUCUUCAACAAUUCAGUGGAUGGCUAUUCUUCUGCUAAAGAGAUGACGAAAUUCUCUGGCAUUUCUGAUAUUAUAUCUGAGAUGGAUGUAUGCGACUUUGCCUUCGAACCAUGUGGAUAUUCGAUGAAUGGGAUUCAUGGCCCAGCUCUAUCUACGAUCCAUGUGACCCCUGAGGAAGGUUUCAGCUAUGCUAGUUACGAAGCAAUGGGGUUCAACCCAUCAUCCCUGGUGUAUUCAGGCUUGAUCAAGAGGGUCCUUAAGUGCUUUGGUCCAUCAAAGUUCUCUACUGCAGUUACUAUCUUUGGCAGACAUGGGUUGUCUGGCACAUGGGGAAGGAAGCUUGAUCUUGAUGGUUAUGCCUGUACUGAUCUUGUGGAACAGGAGCUGCCGGGAGGUGGGCUGUUGAUUUAUCAGGCUUUUGCGGUCUCUGCUGUGACUGUCGUCUCCCCUAGAUCCAUCCUGCAUUCCUGUGACAGAGACCUCAAGUAUGACAAUAGAGGAAUCCACUGGGAAAAUGAAGAAACAGAGGGAGAGGAACCUAAGAUAGGAUCAUGAAAGUAAGGUUGGUAGUGUUUUCGAGUUUGGUUUGUUUUGUCAAGCAGCUAGCCAAGGUUACUAGUGUUAAUGUCUAUGUGAGAGUCAGCAUCAAUGCUCUAGGUGGCUUGCUGUGUGUCUGCCAUGAUGAGCAGUGCUUGUUUGAAUCCAAAACCUUUGUCAAAGUGCUAUUAUCAAAUAAAUCCUUGUGAUCCUUUUUUUCUGUUA